UUUAGCCAAGAUGGCGGAUGCGGAGUUAACUGAAAGUAGAAAUAACCUCUUGUCCGGUUGAACAAGCGCCUUAUGGGUUUUUUUAAGCCGUUAUCCAGCCAUGAGUUUACUAAAGAGACUUGCGUCUUUGUCGCCGCUUCAAUCGCCGAGUUCAGACACGGAAAAAAAGCAACCAGACGACGAUUUUGUAGAGCUCGGCGCUCAGGAUUUUUUGAGGCUUGUAGACGUACACUGGAAUAAUGCGAAGUCAAUAAUAGCGCUAGACGAGAAAACCAUCGGCCAUCAAGAGCGGUGUAAUAUUUUAGUCCACCAUUUAAACGAAAUUAUUAAUGUUUUAGUCGAUGAAAAGGACGGUGACCCAGGUCCAUGUUUACAAUAUGUGCUGGAUGAAAAUGUAUUUCAUACCGUGUACAACUGGAGUGCAUCGAGCAAGAAUUGUGUCAAGGACAUGAAGCGAGAACAGCUGAGACUGUUUAGGAAUCUCAUCGAGAAGGGUAGAGCACCACUGUUGAUUUAUGAGCAGGUUUGGAAACCUCUCCUCUAUCUAUUGCAUUCUUGCGUAAACAACAUUUGCUCGGACGAGGAAGAACAUUUUGUGGCAGUGCUGAAGGGCCUUUGCGUGAGUGUCAACCGGGAUAUUGCACUGUUAGAUCUUUUUUUCUUGGAUAAUCACCAUCACGCACAGAUAGCCAAGCUAUCUGUGUUUUCUCUGCUGAUUCCUUAUGUUCAUCGGGAUGGAAAUGUUGGUGUUUGGGCUCGCGAUGCCAUGCUGUUAUGCAUGGCCUUAUCAUCAGUUGAUUCCAGGCUGGGCAGGUAUAUUGCCGAAGAUACAGACUUUUGUCCGGUAUUGGCAACAGGACUCAGUGCCUUAUAUUCUGAUUUGCCAACAUCACUCGACAUACCUUCAGAGGACUGGUACUCUUUGGAGAGAGGUCUGUGGGCAACUUUCCCUGAGCUGGUUUCCUUUCUGACAUCACUUGAAUUUUGUAACAAUGUCAUUCAGAUUGCCCAUCCUCUAGUCCAGUCCAAGCUGCUCAAUCUCAUUUAUCAUGGAUUUCUGGUGUCAGUAAUGGCAUCAUCACUUGGCCAGUCAUCUACUGAAGCAUUGAUAGCUGCUACAUCCUAUCUGGACUUGUUUCUACGCAGCAUCACUGAUGCCAAUCUAAUGAAAGUGUUUUUAGAGUUCAUUUUGGUGGAAAGAUGUGAUGGAAUGCCCAUUCUUGACUUAUUAGUUUCAAGGAUUGCACAUGAAUCUCAGCUUGCUGUAGUAUCACUGGGUUUGUUUUACACUCUGUUGGACCUGAACUGUGAAGAUAUCAUAUAUAGUUUGGUGCUCAAAUAUCUGAUUCCUUGCACGCACAUUCUGAGCAGCCAGAAAAGAACUAUCAAGGAAGUGGAUCUGUACAGCAAGAGCGCCUUUAAAUUCUUAUCGUUGAUACCUUCCUGUUGUAAUAACUCCAGCCGCAACUCAUCGUCGUCUUCUUCCACUGAGAAUCUCAACGGGAGCGCACCCACCCCACCCAUGAAGAUCGACCUCAAAGCAUCCAGCGAAUUGGUGUUUUACCGGUCUUCUUUUCUUGGAGAUCUUUACUCGGAAGUUUGUGCAGAUUACAUGGAGUACCUUGCAGACGCGCGAAGUUUAUUGAGAAUUUGUCAAAUGAAGUGCGCGUGCUGGUCCGCACCCUAUGAUGGACAAAACCCUGCCGUACAGGACCCCUCCUCGAAAGAACGAGAGCGGUCUUCAUCUAACGUGUCCAUGCUUGUUGCCAAUGGCAACAUUCCGAACCAGGUUUCACUUUCACCCAAGGAUGCGCAAGCGCCUGUGAAGCGAUCAUUAUCAGCGACUGAGUUUGAACAGAAGCAAAUUAAGCCAGACUUGGGACCGUUUUUGAUAACGCUGUUUCAAAAAGUUGAACGAAUGCCGCAGAACACGUUUUAUGUGAACUUGAUUUUGACUGGUGUGGUUACUAGACUGGCCUUAUAUCCUCAACCGCUAUUACGAUCGUUUCUUCUUAAUUACAACAUGGUUCUUAAACCAGGAGUUCGCUCACUGUUUCAGAUCCUUAGUUCCGUGAAAAUUAAAGUAGAGAACAUUGCUGAUCAAGUUGACGAACUCGACAAACUCCUGCGCCGGGCCAGAAAGAACCUAAUUCUUCGCGAGGAAAAGAGUCGAGUCAGUAUUCAGAGUGUUGUUGUGGACGUACAACAACCGGUGAAAAUAUCAAAAAACCCUGAAACCAGAAGCCCUACGACGACUCGAAAGCUGUUAAAACAGAAAACGGACUCUUCCUUACUGAGCAAUGUCCGCAUGCUCAAAGACGGCCCUGCGCCGAAAUAUUUUGGCAAGGGAAGUUCUAAUCUUCGAAAACAAUCGAUAGACGCUUCCUUAAGCCCGAAAUUGACAAAAGCCAACCAGGAAAGACGAGGAAGUUUAGAGAGUGCAAGCACCAGCUCAAGUUUGUCCUUAAGCGAGUCGUGGGAGAGCUUAAACUCUUUGAGCCCUAAGUACGGUAGCACCGCUGAUUUAAGCGCUGAGAACUAUCCCAAACCGGGUACCAUUCGAAAACUUUCCAGUCCCCAAAACUCGCCGAAAAAUUCCUUUAAGAAGAACACUUACAAGAGGAAAAAUCCGAAGACUGUGAAAAACGCGGUCUACUGUAUUGUGGUUUUGGAGGAGUGGCUGAAAGAACUAGCGGCGAUUUCCCAAGAACAUGCUUUGGUGCUUGGUGUAGGUGAGGAGUUGAACACCGUUUCUCUGUGACCAUGUAAGGGGUGAAAAUUACCCCAGGGGUAUUACAUUCCCUGGGAUUAGUAACCGUGUGAGUAACCAAUCACUUUCCAGAACACGAGUCAAUAUUAUGGUAUCAAUCAUGCUCAUGUGUAACAACUUUUGCGAGCUAUUUUCUAUUGCUUGUAGAGGAACAAAAACAUUGUGUCUGUAAUUGUGCUGCUUUGUGACACACGGUAUAAAAAUGAAAAAAUGGACGAAUUGUGAGCAGGAAGCGCAGACUGAAACUCGAAUUUCCUUUUCAACUUUUUUACGCUUGCGCAACCACUAUGGUGGUGGCAGACGAUUUGGAUUCUCAUGGAAAAAAAAGAACUGUACAUUUUUUUGAUAGUAGGUUAACAUGAUAAAAUUAUAAAUUUUUUUAUCUGCGGAAAGUUCUCUCUCUUUAAUUAAUGCAUCCAGAGAGAAACUAAAUGAAAAUAUUUUAUUCGGUUAUCGGUUGAAACGCUGUUGUAUAUGUAGGGUUUUUUUUUUUUCAAAAUUCUCGGUUCGGACCGUCGGAACUUAUAAAUACAAACUCUACUAACCAUACUUACCAUUACCAAGUGAAUUGUAGCCUGAAAAAUCAUCUUACUUAAAGAUGUAUCUUUUCAAGGUUAAUUUCAUUCUCUACUCAAUUUGUGAAUUUCAUAUUUAUCACUAGCUCGUCCGUGCUAUCAAGGUAGAGCAUUCUAUUUUUGCAGGACAAGCAUUCUGAUGUCAUUAAUGCGCGAUAGACCGGAUUCCGACCGGAAUCAAAAUUUGGAAUCCCAAUUAUAUAGCUAAGGUACAAUUUGAUUUUGAUUUUGAGUGAAAGGAGCACCUUGGUAGAAUCGCUAGAAAAAGUGACCGGAAUAACUGUAAUAUAUGAGGUAUUUAAAGGUCGGUCGGGUCCUGUCAGUGGGCUCAGUGCGCAAGAACGAGGCCAGAGUUAUUCACGUGUUAAGCAUGUACGCUUUAUGGGUAAUCAGUGAGGUCAGAGCACGAGAACGAGGCCAGAGUUAUUCAGGUGUAUGGGAUGCAUGCUAGAAAGCGACAUUAGAAAUGUAAUUUUUAAAUAACACGUACCAUCAAGGAAAAUAAUUUUAAAUAAAAGUAAGCUGAGUUUUGUAAA